AUGGAGGGGAGCCUGCUACCCAAUCGCCCGGCGUUCCCCGGCCCCGCGGCGAGGGUGCCCAAGAAGCCGCCGCCCCCCGCAGUGAAGCUCAACCCUAUCCCGCCGCCCCUUCACUCCCCUUCUUCUUCCCAGUCGCUCCACUUGGACUCCCUCCUCCACCACCUCCUCGGUCUCUCUACGCCGCAUCCGCCUCCGCCGGCCGCCGUCGACCCUCCCCAAUCGCAGACCCACAAUCGCCAUCCCCCCUUCCCCGCUCUGCACCUCUCCUCCGCCUCCGCAGCCGAUCCCCUCAUCGUGGAAAAGGCCCGCAAUGACGGAGAAGGGGUCGACGGCGCCCAAUUGGGAUUCCUGUCCAAGAAAGGCAAGUUCUUACUCAACUCCAUUCUCAAGCGGCCAAAGUCUGAUCUCCGACCCUACUUGGACUCUGCAAGGCAGGAGAUCUUGGGGGCGGACCUGGUCGGCCUCCUCAAGGGCUUGGAAUUCUCCGGGAACUGGGAGAAAGCCCUCGUCUUGUUCCAGUGGGCGGCGGCCUCCGAACCAGCAGGAGCAGCAAGGCGUAAUAAAAUAGAUACCCAGGCGAUCGAGGUCAUUAUCCGGGUCCUUGGCAGAGAAUCCCAGCACUCGAUCGCCUGCAAGCUCUUCGACUCGGUUCCACUGGAAGAUCACUGCCUGGACAUCCGCGCCUACACCACUCUCCUCCACGCGUUCGCCCGCACCGGGAGGUACGAUAGAGCCAUCGCCCUGUUCGAGCAGAUCCAGGAGAAGGGCCUCUCCCCGACCCUGAUCACCUACAACGUCGUUUUGGACGUGUACAAGCGGAUGGGCAGGUCCUGGGACAAGAUUCAGGCUCUCCUGGAGCAGAUGAGGAGCAGAGGGCUGGAAUUUGACGACUUCACCUGCAGCACCGUCCUCUCCGCCUGCGGCAGAGAGGGCCUGCUAGACGAGGCCCUGGAGUUCUUCCAGCAGCUCAAGUGCCGGGGGUAUGUCCCCGGCACCGUCGCCUACAAUUCCCUGCUCCACGUUUUUGGGAAGGCGGGGAACCAUUUCGAAGUCCUGAGAAUCCUCGAGGAGAUGGAGCAGAGCGGCUGCCCCCCCGACUCCGUCACCUUCAACGAGCUCGUGGCGGCGUACGCGAGAGCGGGGCUCUGCAAGGAAAGCUCGGCGGUGCUAGAGGCCAUGGCCCGCAGAGGCGUCAGCCCCAACGUGGUCACCUACACCACCGUGAUGAACGCCUACGGCAAGGCGGGGAGGGAGGACGAAGCUCUGGGCCUGUUCAACCAGAUGAAGAGCUCCGGUUGCGUGCCGAACGUGAGCACCUACAACACCAUCCUCGGCAUCCUGGGGAAGAAGAAGAACUCGAGGUCGGAGGAGAUGCUGCAGAUCCUCGCGGAGAUGAAGUCCAGCGGGUGCGUCCCCAACAGGGUCACCUGGAACACGACGCUGGCCAUGUGCGGGAAGAAGGGUAUGCAGGAAUACGUCGACAGAGUUUUCAUGGAGAUGAAGAACUGCGGGCACUCCCCCGACAGGGACACCUUCAACACCCUGAUCAGCGCCUACGGGCGGUGCGGCUUCAGCGGGAGGGCCAUGAAAAUCUACGAGGAGAUGAUCAGGCAGGGUUUCAGCCCCUGCGUCACCACCUACAACGCCCUCCUGAAUGCGCUCGCUAGGCAGGGCGACUGGGUGGCGGCGGAGGCCAUUCUCGCCGAGAUGAAGAACCAGGGCUUCAAGCCCAACGACCUCUCCUACUCCCUUCUUCUCCAGUGCCACGCCAGGGGAGGGAACCCCCAGGGGAUACAGGCCAUCGAGGGGCAGGUCUACGGCGGCGCCGGCGCCGGCGCCGGCGGGAUCUUCCCCAGCUGGGUCAUCCUCAGGAGCCUGGUGAUCGCCAACUUCAAGUGCCGGGUCCUCAGCGGCAUGGAGAGGGCCUUAGAGGAGAUCAGGAGAAAAGGGUACAACCCCGACCUGGUCAUCUACAACUCUAUGCUCUCCAUCUACGCGAGGAACAUGAUGUACGACAACGCCCACGAGGUGUUCUACGAAAUCCACCAGAGGGGGCUGAAGCCCGACCUCAUCACCUACAACACCAUGAUGGACGUCUACGCCAGGAUCGGAGACUGCGCGAGGGCGGAGGACCUCUUGAAGGAGGUGCAGAGUUCAGGCGGGCAACCGGAUCUCAUCUCCUACAACACCGUGAUCAAGGCCUUCUGCAGGCAGGGGCUCGUGAAGGAGGCCCUGCGGGUUGUCUCGGACAUGGGGGCGGCGAAUAUCCAGCCCUGCAUCGUCACCUACAACACCUUGAUCGGUGGGUACGUCAAUAAUGGGAUGUUUGAGGAGGCAGAAGAGACUCUCGGCCAAAUGCUGCAGAGGGGCUGCAAGCCCACCGAGCUCACGUACAAGCUCGUUCUUGACGGGUACUGUAAAUCGAGUAGGUACGAGGAGGGGGCGAGGUUUCUGUCCAGAACCAGGGAGAUCGAUCCAUCUUUCGACGGCGAUUCCCUGCAGAAGCUGACCACUCGGCUACUGGACAACGCCAGCUCGUAG